UACAAGUUCUGAUUCGGAACGAGGCAGUGGCAGCUUUUUUAGUUUUUUUAGCGGACUGAGAGUAGAUAUCCCAAUAAGACGACCACCUAAGUCGGAUCAAGAUGAUUCAAAGAGUGAACAUAGAGAUUCGGUACUUAUCUUUGCAGCUGAGAGUCCGAUCGCCGAAGAUUUUAAUGACGAACAUUAA